UUUAUCUGACACUCAGGGCGACAACUCAAUCAGCUGUAACACGCACAUCACAGAACUUCCAUCCAGAGCCCCAUGAACCGGUCUAGCCCACAUUCACAAUCACACACCGACACGGCACUGGAUCCUGGAACGGGGUGCGGUGUGGUGCGGUUGUUUUCGAAGAGAAUAGGUCACGAGAAGCACAUUCACAAGACGUAAAAAUAGUCGCACAUUUCAUCCUGCGUCCUCCUGAUGAUGGUGGUGGCAAUUGCAAUCAUGGUGAAAUCGCGCGGACAGCUGGUUUUCCGACAUCACUCGAGUUGGCAAAAUUUUCCCAAAUUGACAGAGGAAAGUAAUUAAUAUUUGAGCUGCGGAGUUUGCGGACCAGAAGCGAGAUUCGACAUCGAUUAAAGUUGUCCGUUUUUCGGAAACAAAUUUGAUUAAUUGUCCACAAGAUGGUCGACUCUGCAGUUCUGGGGCGACAGGGCCGGGUGGAAUUGGGUUAUGGAGGUGUGGGAUUUUAGGAUUCCGAUACGGAGGAAGAAUAAGAAUGACACAAGUUCGAUGCAAUUCGGAACGAGCGGUGAACGGACGAACGGACGGACGGAAGAGACAAUUACUACACACUUACAGAGCCCACUUACAACUGCACUGCGUGUGGUGGGUGGCGGUGGGUUGAGAGGGUGGGCUUGGGGUAUGGUGCAAGGUGUUCGAGACGAGGUAAUAAGGUGCUGCGCAUGUGUAUUUGAGGGAAAACCCCGCCUCUGUGUGCAGCAGUAGAAGGCGCCCUGUCGGAAAGCGAGCGAGGAACUCCGGUCAGGAUGCUGCUAUCUGUAUAGGUCACCGUGUCGUGUCGUCGUGUGUCCUAUUGAUGUCCUAUGGAUGUGUCGGUCGGUUGGCGAGGCAUUGCGACGAGCCGAAGCUUGGGGCUCCGAACUUUCGAAGGCGAAUCGGUUUGCGGUGGAUGUAGUUGUGCGGGAUGUACGUGUGACUCGGAGCUUCGAGGCUUCGGGGGGUGAAAAUUAUGUAAUUCUUCGAGCAGAAUCAACAGUCUGUUGUUUCGAGUGAGGGCUCAAGGGGGUAAAAGGGUGGAGGAGACAGUGGGUUCAGCGGGUGAUCGACAUGCGCAUUGCAAGGCUCACGGAAGGUUUCACUAGUGGGGGUGGAAAGGUUUCAGGUUGUUUUCGUUUUUUUCGUUCGACCGGUGUCGGCACAACAUUACUUUGUUGGCGCCAGUCUUGCUGUGUGGGUGCAUCGGUUUUGAGGGGAACUGCUCGAAAUGGUCGUACCUGCUCGAAUGAUAACUCUUUCACAGUUAAUGGUCAUAGAUUGACUGUCGAAUUCCCCCUCGUCAUAGCCGCUUAGUCGCUCGGUGCAACGUGUUUCAAGUGGUUCUGAUUCCUUUCCGCUUUGUCGUGUUUUAUCCUCUCGAGUUCAACCAGAACGGAGGCACGUGUGGUUGUGAUGAGCCAUCGCUGUGUGUGGGCGCAUACUGUCGCAUCAACACGUACACCGUCGUUUGCGUGAAGGGGAUUUUCGGCUUUUCCUAGCACGACGAAAGGAAACUAGGAAAGAGUAACAACGGAGACCGAUUUCCGAAGUCGCCGUUCGGAAGCACCCGUUUUCCCCGGUGUGUUACUACAUACUUACAAAACAACCGACGUGCGGUCCGUGCUUUAGUCUACAAUUGAGUUUUGUAUAGUUAAGUCGUGAUCAUAUACACUUGUUGUUUGUUGUUAUAUUUAAUUAUCUGUCUAUAAGCUGUGUCUGUGUUUUUCGGAAAAACCGUCACAAGAAGUGGAAGAUCGCGAUUUUUGCGGAAGAAUCUAGGUUGACACCUGAUUCUUCUCCAAGGGGGAGUUCAGAGAGUGUGGAAGUUCUUUCCAGCCUCCUUCCGGCCAGACAGCGAACCGACAGCAGUCAAUAAAGCGUUUUUGAACUACACAAGUGCAGGAGAUUCGUACGCUCGGCUAGAACGUGUGUUUCCAAGCGAGUCGCGCGAUCCGGCGUUCUCAGAUAGAUCGUUUCGAUCUCCGCCAGUUUGGUGAUUUUGAAAAAAUUGAAUAGCAGCAAAAACAUUUCCAGAAAAAAGUGGUAAUAUAAAAACAAUUAAAUUUGUGCUUUGCAUAAAAAAGUGAAAAGGCAGUGAGUUGUGUUUGAUAAAAUAUCGAGCAUCCAGUGCGGGAAAAAAUCAAGACUUGUAGUGUGCACCACGAGUGAAGUGAGUUUGAGCAGAAAAAAAAAAUCUAUAAAUCCUCCUUGGAGAAAAAAAAAAUAAAUAUAAUAAAAGUUAGUCCAAAGAAGUUGAAACUGUUUCUCGUCUCUCCGGUUUGAGCUCAGAGCAAAGAAGAAAGUAUUUCGCGUUGAAAAGCGAGGCAAAAUUUAUCGCUCGUUAAAGUAGUGGGUGUCGAAACGGGCGGAAAGUCUGCCGUUCCAGCUAGAUCGCUAACCGCAUACCGAAGGCACUGUGAGAAGAGAUUGCACGUGGAAAAAGAAGAAGCUGAGCAGAAGCAGCAGCCGUAGAAGAAGAAAAAUUCAGUAUAAAUCAUAAAUACACAUACCGCAAAACAACAAGUCCCGAAACUCCCGAAAACCCAUCGAAAGUGUUGGUGGUGACGUAGAAGGUGGCGACACAGUGAGAGAGGCGCGCGCGGAGAGCUGCUGCACACCCCACACAGCCCCUUUGAUCGGUCGGUGGGGGAGAAAACGCAUUCUCUUGUGUGAGUUUAAUCAAUUUAAUAACAUUCACCCGAGCCACCCUCUCCGGAGGAAAAAAAAAACACCGAAGAAAAACCGCUCUCUGAUAGAAAACAGAAAAACAUACCCACAGUUUAAGUGAAUCGCCAACAGUGAAGAAAAAAACUCUCGCAGUUCGAUUCGUUCCUGAAGCUUGAAGGAGACGACGACUAAAGCAGCCGCACUACUACCAUCCAGAGAAGAGGAGGAAAAAACACGCAGAAGAAGCAUCCAAAAGAGAAGCCUGAAGUUAUUCCAAUAUUAAUUUCGGUUCCUGCAAGUGAAUUCAAUACAUUCCAUAUGGUUCACAUGAUAGAAAUCGUUCGUCAAGGGAAAGUUGACUUUCCUCAAGUGAUUAUGAACCGUGCUAUUCAAGUUAAGCCAGCGGAUAGCGAGAACCGCGGUGAUCGAAAGCUUUUCGUUGGCAUGCUUAGCAAGCAGCAGACCGAGGAGGAUGUAAGACAGUUGUUUAACGCGUUCGGAGCCAUUGAAGAGUGCACGAUACUGAGAGGACCAGACGGUGCCAGCAAAGGUUGCGCCUUUGUGAAAUUUACCUCGCAUCAAGAAGCUCAAGCUGCUAUAACAACUCUUCACGGUAGUCAAACUAUGCCGGGUGCGUCCUCUAGCUUAGUGGUAAAGUUUGCGGACACUGAGAAAGAGAGGCAACUCCGUCGUAUGCAGCAAAUGGCCGGUCAUAUGAACCUGCUGUCCCCGUUCGUCUUCAACCAGUUCGGACCGUACGGUGCCUACGCACAACAGCAACAAGCAGCACUGAUGGCCGCGGCCACCGCACAAGGAACCUACAUCAACCCGAUGGCCGCGCUGGCAACACAAAUACCUCAUGCGUUGAACGGUUCAGGACAACCCGUGAACGGUACCAUCCCGUCGCUACCCUCGCCAACGAUGCCAACCUUCAACAUGGCAGCACAAACGCCGAACGGCCAACCGGCCGGCUCGGAAGCGGUCUACACGAACGGAAUCCCUCAAACCUACCCGGGGCCCAUUUACGUAGAUGCGCUCCACCUGUCGAUACCGGCCCAAGGACUUCCAAAUGGGGACGCUGCCCUACCGCAUGCGGCGUAUCCCGGCAUCCAGCCCUAUCCUGGUGUCGAUUUCUUUUUCUCCCGUAACGAUGAGUUUGGUCCUCUUAGUUUGAACUCCUACCCAGCCGUAUAUGGACAAUUUCCGCAAGCCAUACCACAACCGAUUGCCACCAUUGCACCAGCACAACGUGAAGGCUGUUCCAUAUCAGGCCCGGAAGGCUGCAACCUGUUUAUCUACCAUCUGCCGCAGGAGUUCGGCGACGGGGAGCUGAUGCAGAUGUUUAUGCCCUUCGGUACUGUGAUAAGUUCGAAAGUCUUCAUCGAUCGGGCUACGAACCAGAGCAAGUGUUUCGGUUUUGUGUCAUUUGACAAUCCUGCCAGCGCUCAAGCGGCAAUCCAAGCCAUGAAUGGUUUUCAGAUUGGUAUGAAAAGACUGAAAGUUCAGCUGAAGAGACCAAAAGACGCCAACCGACCCUAUUAACAAUCAGAGAUCAAAAGCGCUUUAAAGAGUGCUUCUGCUGAAGCUUUAAAAUACGAAGUUAAUCCCUAGACAAAACAAAACACUAUAUCAUCAAUUAAUGAAAAGUGAAAAAAUUCAAAAAAAAAUCUAAAAAUUACAAAAACAAAAACCCGUUCGAUAUAAAGUACAGUAAAUAAUCUACUGUGAGCUGCUACCACACUAAAACGGCGCACUUUUGGAUGCUACAAUCAUGCGAGAGGAUUUAACAUCAUCUUUCCUCUAAGAGCAACAAUUUCAACCUACCACCAUCGCCAGCAUCAGCGGCAACCUUCUCAGCAAAACAAAAACGUGCGGUAUGAGAGGCGCAGAACAAAGUCCAACUCUAGUCAAAAGCCACAAACCACAUAAAAGUCAUUAGAAAAGUUACCCCACGCCCCCCUCAAACAGUAGUCCCCACUCAUCGUGCUCUUUAUCCAUCGCCCAGCCCGGACAUCACCUCUCCAGCCGCCAACGCCAGAGAAAAAUCUCGUUUUUGUUGUGUACAAAGUUUUUCUGAGUUUGAAAAGUCCUCCCGAAAACUGACAAACAGUGUGUGAUUAGAAUCAUUCUGUGAGAGCACGUGAAACGAGCCUAGAACCGAACCCAUUGAAUAACAUUUAAGCAGAGGAGAUACGUCUCUCAGUUGGAAUCCACCAUGCUCUGUAAAUGAAUAUAGAUAUAUGAUACACAAAAACACAUAUAUUAUAUAUACAAUUCCUAAGAAUAUUUAUACAUUAGGUCGUAACGAUGAGGCAGGAUUUAAGCGAACAGCGGAGGAAGAGGAAGUUUUCUUUGAGUUAAGCCAUUUUUCAUCGUGCCAUUUCGGGGAAAGGACGCAACCAAAAAAAAAACAGGAAGAAUUUAAGUAAAGUAAGUUUUUUGUUUCACGUGCCAGACACGGAAAUUCGAGGUUAGGCUUAGUAGAGCUGCAUACAUUUUGGCACAUCCACACGCAUGGCAGGAGAGGACUUUUACUAUUAACAGGAUACUGUGCAAACAAAAAUCAUACACAUUUAACUUAAUGAGAAAGGUAAGAGAACUAAAGAGGGCGAGCAGUAAAAAUUGAACCUAACCACUAGACCACUGAAGUUCUAUAUACAUAACUAAGCGAAAUACUAUUAUAUAGGAAGUUAGAUAAACAGAACUUAUUAAAAAGGAGUAUUUAAAUUAAAACCUACAACACUAGUGACGUAAUAGAGCAAAAUGAAUGGGGAUGACCUAAGUGGAAAAUUUGGACUGUAAAUCGACAGAAGGACAAAGGAACGUGCUCUUUUACAGUGCAUGAGGGCGACACUAAGGACGGCCGUAAGCGAGCGGAACGCCGGUAUGAAACAAUUGCCCACUACUUAGUAUACUAGCUAGAAGUAAUUUACCUAUAUUGAUAAAUAUGGAAAUGGAACGCAUCCACUUUCACCUUUACACACACACAAAAUACACGGACACAUACAAGAAUCACAAUAUAUUUGCAUUGCACGGCAAAACAGUAAUCAUUCAAGUUUGGGAUGGUGCAAACCUAGUGAUCGAGCAUACCUAGAGAAAUUACUUAGAAAUUUUUAGAGCUAACACUUGAUGCUCGGUUUUUAACCAUAUUAAUCUUACGGCAUUGUAGAAUGCUUGGAAGUAGUUUGAUUGUUUUUAAGUUUCAUCCUUUAUUUAUUCGCUGUUUAAUUAUCUCCAUUAGAGCAUCAUUAUUACCUGUUUCAGUAUUAAUUUAUUCAACUUUUAAGUAUUUAACCAAGCCUACUUUAAGUUACUUUAUCCUAUCCCUACUUUCCUUGCUCCCAUCGUCGCUAAACAACUGAUUUUGUGAUUUUUAAGUGCAAUAUCGUUUAACUGUUUUUCGACUUGUCUUCUUAGAAGAGCGAAUUUACUACUUAGUAACAUAAAUUUGUUAGAAGCAUUAGAGCUGUAAUAAAUGAACUAGGUUUAAUUAACUAUUUGAUAAACUUACGCAAAUGAGAUAGGAAAGUUCAGCUUGCAGCAAACCCAACUAAUAAAGACCCCUGAACUACGCGUUAUAUGCUAAUUAAUCACCAGAAAAUACAAGUAAAUGAACAAACCUACAUUCAUUCGAGAUGAAUCUACAGCUAAGUAAAGCCAAAAAUGAGAUAAACUUGUAAAGAGAGCGGUUUGCAAAAAUAAAUGCCAGAACAAGUCCACGUUAGCGAAGGUUGAAGAAACACCGCAAACCCGUAUUUAUUAUAAAAGAAAAAUUAGUUCGAACUGAAUGCCGGAACAAAUACGAAUACAGCUAGUCACGUUAGAACCCGUAAAUUUAAGGCGCCUCUCUUUCCCAGUAUUUCUAUUUUCCUAUUUGCAGACCCGUUAUCCCAUAGCCAGAGUUCAACAGUCUGUAGGUUUCAUCCCCGGAAAUUCAGAUUUAAGGUAGCGAUAUUCAAUCGUAAAGCUUUCGGUGCAAAUCCUUAACGUCAUGUAGCUAAAUAAACCCCCGACCCGAUUCUUUAGAUUUUUUACCCACCCCCAACCGUCAAUGGUCAUCAAGCUGGAGACGUCAGUCAGGGCAGUGAUGCCAUCAAUUCGACAACGCAGCAGUGACGGAAAGAGAUUUCGAGGGAAGGAGUCGGCUGCCAAUGCCGUCGCGGCUUUGAACGGGAUGCGGUGUAUAUUAGAGAAAAAAAUCGCGCUGCAGGAAGGUGGAUUUCAUGGUGAGGAUUAUCUUUACGUUUUUAAUUAGAAAAGUGUGAGGAUUAAGUGUGGUUUAUGAACGAUGGAUACGGUGGAGGUCUCAUCAUCCCCGGUUGGGAUGGUGUUAUUAUAUUUUUGAUGGGAAGAUUUUUUUUUAAGGCGAGGAACGAAAUGACUGAGGUGAUGUGUUUUAUGUUGGCUAUAUCUUCCAUCAUGACAUAUGAGAAGCUCCGGAAACAGUACCAUUAAAUAAUGAGUAUAAUUGAAAACAAUGAACAUCUGCAAAGAUGUACGCCAAUUGUAUCACAUUUAUUCCAUAAGAACAACUCCAGUUGCCAAGUAUUUCACUGGAACACUUCUUUAAAGAAUUCUAGAGAAAUCAUGGGAAACCAACUAGUAGUAUUUGAAGCUAAACUCCGUGAAAAAUGUGUAUACAUAUUUUUUUUUUUUUUUGCGAAAUCAUGAUUCUGCCAUGGAGAAUUAUUGACUAAUUAUUUAACGCAAGCAUGAGAAACAGUCAUUCAAUUAUUGCUUCUCCUUCAUUCACCACCGCACACAAUCUGAAGCGAUUGGGUUUCUCUCCCAACCAAGCGAGUUCUUUCGACUGUCAUUGUUCAUUCUGUUUCCACCGGGCGAUACAAGACUCGACGGUUGAAUGAACCGCUUCCGAAUCUGUGUGUCAAACGCGUGUUCAAUGUAAGGGGCCAUUCAUAAACCACGUAGGAUUUAUGGGGGGAGGGGGGGGGUGGUUGUUCUGGCCAAAGUCUACGCUCCAUACAAAUUUUAAAAUUUGUGUAUGUACAAAAGUCUACGAGGGGGUAGGGGGGGGGGCCUGAGAUGACAAAAUUUUGGUCUACGUGGUUUAUGAACAGUCCCUAAGUCGGGCGUGAAAGCAUUUGGUUUGGAACGUUCAUUCGACGUUCUUUGGGUGGAUUCAGAACUAGGAAUAGAAUCUUUGAAUGCGUCCGGAUGCAAUCGGCUGAGUAAGUUUUAGUGGCUUUGACGUGGUUCGAUGCUGCUUAGAUGGUCGGCGUUUGUCGUUUGAAGUGAAAAUGACAGUGAGUAUCCAUCCGGAAAUUGCAUAACAUUGGGGAGCAUUGCUAUUGUUGUUAUUUGGUUGGUAUUCCAUAUUCAUUACUCAUAAUCUUAACGAAACUAAAAAAAAGCAAAAAAUAGAUUAUGAAAUGUUGAGAUAAAAUUUUCCUGAAUGCAAAGAUCAAGUCGAUGCAACCAGAGCCAAGUUAAAACACAUCCUUCUAUACAGUUUCCGUCUAUUUUUUUCAUUAUUUUUGAUAUUUCACAUUAGUUUCUUACCUUAAUCAAAGCAAAUAUGCACCGAAUGAACCUAUACUAUCGCAGAGCAUACUUUGGAAAUCCGUAAAUUUCGCCGCAACUAGAGCACAACGCACACAUAAGCGCAAAACCAACUUUGUUAACUUAGACUUUUCGUUAAAAUUGUUAAGAGCAAGAAUCAAACAAAAAAAAAGUUACGCGCACAAUUUUUGAACGGUGAUAACGAUAAAGUGAAGCUCCACACUCCACAGAACCAAAAGUACCCUCCCGUCGCGUCGAUCACAAUUACGAAGAUCUCUCUGAAUUUAUCACACACGCAAAACAAACAAAACAACUUGAAUGAACCUAGGUAAUUCAACAAAUGGGCUGUGAUUUACGUGUUUUAUUUGUAAUGAAAACUCGGACUACUUUACACCUGUAACCAACCACCUAUCGACCCUGGUGAAGCUUUGUGUUCCGUACCGGUCGGUCUUUGGACCGCUAGAGAUGAAUGUGUAUAAUCGAAACGUCUGUAAAGCGAUGCUAGUGACAUCUACAGUUUGCGCCCGCAGAUGAGCGGCCUAUCGAAUGUGAUCGUUGUACAGCUGUACAGACUGUUGGAUAGUUUGGCGAAAUACUACAUCUGGCAUAGUUACUCGAUGAUUUUGUUUGACAAAAGACAAAAACUUUAAAAUAAACACCAUUCUCGAUGUUUGCUUGUAAAACUGUUGAAAUCCAUCAGCCUCAGUGAUACCGAUAAUCGAGAUGCGAUCGUUUAGUGGCACUAUUGUUCUCCGUGUUUCCGUUGUUGAUGUGCAACUCGAAGUUAAUUACUACUACCACGUGAUUAGGGCUGUCGAUGCAGAACGAGCGAGUGGAAUUUGAAACAAACCAGUACCUUAACACCUAAUAAUUAGGAAGUAAUGCGAGAAAUUUUAAGAAAAUUAUUUACAUCAAAUCAAUGUCGUAAUCUAAUACAAUAGCUGUCGAGGAGAUUGAUUGGGUUUCUUUCAAUAUUCCAUUAUUCACCGACGUGGAACGUACUUUUGGUUCAAGGGUCUGAGCUUCGUAACUUACAGGGAAAAAGUCACCAUUUUUAUGACAAGGUCCGAGUCCUUUUCCAACGAAUCCACCACCUGCAGCCGAUCCCUUAUUGCCAAACUUUAAUUCGAGCAUUUAGAUCGUGUAAAUACUGUACAUUGAUACUCUAGUUAUAUAAUCUCUUUAAACCGAAUAAAUACUAAACACUUAUACCUACUAGAAAUAGAAUACCACAUAAAAAGGAAAGAAGCGAAAGGAAGAAAGUUGAUUCAAUCAUAUCAGUUUGAAAAUAAUUAUUUUUAACAAAAACAAACAUACCUAUACCUAUACACAGAACAAAAAACACCGAUAUACUUAACGAAAAAAAAUCGCAUAUAUAGCAUAUAGUUUUGAACAAACAAGUAUAAAAAGAACAUGAAAGGACUACAGCCCAACGAAAGUGAACCCACCUUUUAACGAGCAUGCUUUUGAUUGGUUCGUCCCUUCCUCGCCCUUCCUACCUACACCCUAUCCAGCUCCACCCCUCCCAACUAGUUUCCAGUUAUGAAAUUGGUAUUUUGAACCAAUUCUGUUGGAUAUAUUCCGCUGUCAAUGGUAAUAGAAGGCCCAAUUAGGUACCAAGCCUGAAUAUAGAUGAAAACCCCUGUUAGUAGUUGUUUACUCGUAGCUCGCUUAAUCACUGUACCCUGUCACCCCUUCAGCCCCCUUUCCAACCCUCCCACUGAGUACUGCUCUACACCACAUAAAGCAUGGUUAAUCUCGUAGAAGACAAUUACAGCCUCCCCCCCUAACCGAAGAUAACGCUCCUCCCGGCACAUUUUCUCGUGUUGUGUUGUUUCAAAGGAUGAAAAGAUUAGAAAAAAAGAAACCGCUUAAUCGAGAGGACAACACUUAAACCGAAAAAAAAGAAUCAACUCUAUAUAUAUGCCCGUAUCAAAUCCGUACUGAGAUAUACAAUAAAUUAGGUGACGAUCAGCAGGUGCAGAGUACCAGCAAAGCAAAAACUAAAACAUUCGACACAAGUAGUACAUUUCCGGGAGCGUCCGGGAUUUCUCUCAAGCUGUUACCAGUCGGCAGCCGUUGGUCAGUUGGAUACUAGAAUAUAGCAUUACAGACGCCACCAUCAUCUACACCUGAUGUAACAUACAAAAUAGAUGGUUUCGUUCGAUGUUGGAAACUGCAAAGAGCUCCAGGUUGAAACGGUUGAGGGCUGACGCGGAGUGUUGUAAGUAUCAGAACACGUGCGGGAGAUUCAGUAUUCUAUACAAUCAAACUGCAUUAUCAGAUUCUGCAAGUGAUAAAUCAUUGGCGGAAUAAAGUCAUUUAAAGGUAAUUUAAAGGUAAUUAACACCUCUUAAUUGUAAGAAAGCUAUAAACAGUUUUCAUACAUUUAGACUGUGAAAAACCAUCCUGAUCAAAAUAAGCAACUUACGCGCUGAUAUCUUCUACAGGGCAACCACAAUUUCUUGGAUGUCUGGUUAUGUCAGGCGUAUUGUCACAAAUUAAAAACUCAUUUAUAACUUAAGAACCGAACAGUGGGAGUACGUUCUUGCUUCCAUCGAGCACACUCAAUUGAAUGAGUGGUUUUAGGUCGCUAUCCAGCUAAAGCACUUUGUUUGUUAUUGAAAUGCCCUGACAGCCAGUAGGUCGUUGAAUGAAUAAAAGCUCAAUGAAGACAUUCACAUGAUACCUUCCUCAUAUAAAGAAUUUUACAAUUGAACGAUCUUAUUUACUAGCCUACCUUAUGGGUCCGUUUUCUUAUUGGGUCCCUUUCGACGACGCCGCAGCAGCCGGUUGAUCUGGCGGCCUAGUCGCUCUUUUUUCAAACACCACCGAAUAACCAUUGGAAUUGUAAUCUCCAGCUACACUGAUCAAAUACCGCAUGCCAUAACCAUAACUAUUUGAUCUCCACCGUCGGCAAGUCGAUUGAUUCUGCAGUGAAAAUCGUCGUCAUCCGACCAAAUGGAUCGCACUUCACCACACUCGCACUAAAAAUUCAAAUGUGCCGCUUUUCCGCGACUGCAGCAGCACUGAACGAUUCCGAUAAUGUUUGACAUGUUUACAUUGGCGCACGAGUUCGUGUCCGACUUCAUACCUGGAAAAAGUCCGACAGCGAUAUCGAUUGCAGACAUACGAUUCUAUUACUGCACUAUCCAAAGGAUGGCAUCUGAGCACGGUGUACAACUUUUUUGUGAUUUUGUAUGCCGUGCCAUCUGAGAUGCUUUCGGACACCGUCUUCAGCCAAAGGCUGCACAGACUGAAUGAAACUUAACCCGGGAGCGGUCGCGUCGUGUACUGAAUACACGCACCAUGAAAAAUGCACGCUUGAUGUACACAGCGUGAGCGCGGCGUCGCUGCAGGUAGUCAAAGACGCGACUGCUCGAGGGUUAACACUAGACAAGGGACACGCGGAGCAUGCACCAGAUAAAGAGAAGAAACUAUUCUCACGAAAAGUUUCAUGGCCCGGAGUGAGGAUCGAACCCUCACCCCACAGCAUGGUGCGAUUAGAAGCUUGGUGACCCUAACCGCACGGCUACGAGGCUCUUUUCAUGCCGUGCUCUCGGGAUUGCAUGAUUGCAUAUCAGGGCUUAUUUCAGUGUUAGUGACUACGUACUAAUGCGUGUGCUGAGUGAAUGUUCCGAAACAGUAGGUCGUAGGGUAAAUCUCCAAUUGCUCCACGGCAAAAAAAAAACUCGCCAAUUAUUGCACAUCUCAUAAUAAAAGCAUUAAGCAUUGGCGAGUUUUUAGCCGUGCAGCAAUUGACAAUUAACCAUAGGUAUAAAUAAAACAGUUUUCAUAUAUGUUAAAUUUGCUUCUUUCAAACAUAUGGUUUAACUACAAGCGAGCAGAGUAUAACUGUCGAAACAAACCUUUUCUGCGUAAUGCUGCCGAGAGAUCUAUACUGGAAGCUUGUGGUCUAUGGUUCCGCGUAGAAGUUGCAGAUUUAUCCAAAUGGUUAUUCGGAACGCAAGUUAAAUCCAGAGGAUAUCUGGACAACCGAACUAGAGGAACAAAUCAUGCAGAUAUUUCUUGCAAGCCGAUAAUUCUUAAAAGAUGUUGCAAAUUCUAUGAAGACGCUGAUGAAUGUUGGAGUCAAAACUCAUUCAAAAACUCUUCCACAAGGAUUUAUCCAGAAAUUCAAUCAAAGAUGUUUUUUGAAACUCUCUUGGAUAUACCGUUUGGAAUGCCUUACAGAGCAUUCCUUCUACAUUUUCCUUAAUAUCGAAAUAUCUCCUGGGGUUGCUUACGAAAUUCCCUGAGAAAUAUCGAAAAUAAACCUGGUGGAUAUCCCUGGAAAACUUCUGCAGAAGUCUCGCAUCCCGGGAGAAACUAUUAGAAAGCUAUCCCGAAAAACCCACUAAGAGCAACCCAUACAGGAGCUUUAGGAGAGUUUUGCUUGAUCCGCGGAAUGAAUCACCCGAGAAAAUCGGGGAACAAAACCGGGAAAACCUUGAGCUUGAGCUCCAUCGACCGCCUGUAGAGGCUACUCCAGUAUCGUGGGACCAGCUAUAUUCACAAAAAGAACCAAUAAAAUAGCUGCUUGGAUCCAACAGGCAUCUAUAGUGUGUGAGUAUUGAUGACCUUCUUUUCUAGGCGACAAUGGCGCCGGCUACGCCAGGUUGCUGGUCAAUGUGGGGAUGGCGAGGAAAGUGAUGAUUGCAGUAACUUGUUGUCAACAUGCCGUGAAGUCCGCUGCGCCUGCACAAGGUCAUGCGGAUGUCCAAAUGUUGUUGGGAAAUGUUUAUUUUUGGCAUAGUUCACGCAUUGGUGUGUUGAUGCCAGGCGAUAGAUUGCGUGAACAUUACUGUGAAGCGGCACAGUUCGCUUGGCUGCAUAUCUUUUAGGCGCUAUAAAAUUUGGAUGGAAGAUAAACGGGUUUUCUGUCAAUCCAUUUCUCGUUCUAGCGAUGGUUACGCACAUACGUUCAUAUAUGAAAUAGAUAUGCAGAGAAGAGAGUAUUGAGAAGUAGAUGAAAAGAUACAAAGUAGAUGGAAAGAUACAAAGUACGAGGAAUGGUACGAGCCAGAGAUUGAAUCCAGGACCUUCUGCAUGUGAACCAGAAGCGGUAGCCACUGGGCCACUAAGCUCGUCUUAGAAGACAUUCCCGGGUAAUAUUCAUUGAAACCCAGUGAAAAAGUCCUGAAUAAUUCCUGAAUAAUUCCAAUUAGGGAUUCUGGUAGAAAUCGCUGGAAUAACUUUCAGGAAUUCUAGAAGGAACCUUGGGGGUAAAUCUGGUAAAAUCCCUAAAUGGAAUUUUGGGAAAAUCUUUCGAACAAAUCCAGAAACAAUCAUUUUUAGACGAAUUCCUGGAAGAACUCUGGGAGACGUCGCAGCCAUGUUUGACGAUGAUCGGACCGAUGCUUUGCGCCGGCAAGGACUGUUGGUUCACUGCUGAAAGCUUUCCUCCUGGGCCAUCUACGCUGCAAUCAAUCCAAAGCUGUCAUCAUCAAGAUUAAUGAUGGUGCAGCUUCAAGGCUUUAGAUUUCUUAGGCAAUUGUUAGACUAUUAGAUGCUCCAGCCCUCCUUUGACUUUGGGGUCAUUUUUUACCAAAACCGUACAUUGCGUCAGCGAGUUGCUUCCAACGUAAUGCAAAUUUUAUUAAAUUUUCAUUCUUCAAAGAAAUGUUUUGGAUAAAAACAAGUCUAAAUAACUUAAGUUUCUGACACCUCAAAUACAAACACCCAAUAUGGGAAAACCGUUACCCAAACCGGAACUGUAAAGCUUCUCGACAGAAACCCAACAUCAAAACGACCGACCAUCAACCAAACCAUCCAUCCACCACUAUAAAUCAGUGAACGCUCCCACAUAUAGUUAGAAAAGAACAGUCUUCUGUUGAAAAAUCUUAUCUCUUCCGUUCCUACUAUCUAUUUAAGCUCAAGCUGUCACAGGCUUAGUUUGCGUUGAAUCUAUCAAGCACCGCUUCGAUUGACCGAGGCACUUUAUAUCGAAUCGCUAGAAUCUAUACUAUAACACUUAACACUAUCACUCACUUUUGCUAUCUUUAUUCGAACUCUAGUUUAUUUGUUUGGAGGAAAAACUAAACAAACUAAAAAUAGGAAAGAUUUAAAAACUAAACCACUAUUGUAUACUUUUAGACCCUUUGCAGCACGUCUACAUGCACUGUUUGAUCGAAAAAAAAUGCUUCACAAGCAGAAAACAGCAAACAAACGAAAAACCAAAACUAUUUUACCGUAGAAAGUAGAUUACGAAUGUCAUAGGCUAAACUAAAAACAUUUGCUCUUCUCAACAACGCUUUCCAAUAGUUUCUUUCGUUUAGUUUCCCACCUCGUCAGCAGAGGGCUUGUGUUUAGUCAUUCAAACCCUAAGUAACACUCACGCACACUCUCGUACAGAUAAAUCCGUGCAAGCAGCGAGCGUACAGGACUCAGUCGAACAAACAACACACCCACAUAUAGACCCAUAGACGCAUAAACACAUACACACUUCGUAUAAAUUAGGCAUUUGACGCUAGUAAAGGAGGCUACGAGAUGCGAUGAUAAAACUAAACCAAACCUUUUAAGGAAGAAAACUUAACAUUUAGCGAGUAGGAUGAUGCUGGUGCAAAAGAAGCAAGAAAAUAUAACAUGAAUCAUUGUAUAAAUUAUAGGAUACAGGGUAUUUCUUGCAAUUAUAGAGAAAAACAUGUUGAUUCACGAAACUAUUAUUAUUAUUGAAAAAGUGAAAAAAAAUAACAAUUUAGAUGAGAUAAUUAUUGACGACGAUAUCGAUCAGCCGUUUUUCCGUUUUAUGCAAGAAAGAAAAGCACACAUUGUUUGAGGAGGCGAAAAUAUUCUGUUUUGUGAUAUGAUGAGAUAACAACUAUAUGAAAAUUACUAACUUAUAACCAUAUUCGCGGAGAAAGAGAAAUGAAAAAGGGAGAGGAGAACAAAAAAAGUAUAAACAAUAACAAUUGAAGAAUUUACUAAAGAAAAACUAACAGUAUAUGACUAGACUACAGUAUGUACACCGAACAACGUAUUUCAAUUCUCUUCUUCGCGUGAAAUCGAAAAAGAUUUUAUUAAAGUUUCGAAAAUUCCUCCGCCCACAACCCUUACAUGUUAGGUAUGUUCAGUUUGUCCUACAGUAAGUCCAAUUCGAUUUCCUCUUCCGCCACCCUUCUUUCCGAAAACAUGAAAAAUAUGCAUGACUUCUCAUUAGCAUUUCUGCCUAUACACUAUUUUAGAUCUAACUUAUCGAAUUAAAAAAAGAAAAUAGCAUUGAUCAUAAAAAUCUGAGCAAAAACAACCUAGAAGGAAACCAGUAAAAGUGUAGCCAGCCACUUUGCAUUAUGAAGAAUAUACUAGAUAUAUACAAGUAAUUGAGAGAUGCGAGCCAAGACGUGGACUAAAAAACUGUAACCACUCAGCACUAUUUGAGAAGAUGAUAACAAUUGUAAAUUAUGCGAUAUUUAACGCAUCAUAUACAUUUAGUAUAAGAGAAGGAGAUAACCAACCAAAGGCAGAAAUACAUGCAGCAGUCAACAAAACUACUGGAUUAAGACAAAUUUUUAGAGAAAUUUUUCCAUUGGUUCUCUCGGCUGACGAUAUGUGAGAAAUGUGUUUUAACAAGACAUUCUGGUCGCAAGGCGUAAGUUAAGCGGUAGUACAUGCACUCGAGGACAGUAAAAAAUGAAUGCCAUUCAGAACAAAAUAUUCAGGAUGUUUUCCGCUAUACCAGAUUUUGAUUACGAACCAUGACGAUGACGGGCGUUUAACUGAGAAUCAAAAUUUCAACGCACAAGUAGAGGAACCAUAGCUCCCGAGCUCUCGCAAAACAUUCCUCCGUUGAAUUUACUUUUUGAACAAUCAUCACAGGCAUUGCGGUGUACGUUUUGCACUGUUCGAAUCGUGUGUGUACUGCUACUACGCCUUGGGAUUUAUAUGGAAACUUUCCAUCAUUAGUUGAGCCACUUUUUGAAUUGACGUAUAAUCGGCCCUUUCUUUCCGUUUACACCAAACCACUUUCAAUAUACACACGCAUUCUCACACAAUAACAAAGAAGGAAAAAACACAGUAAUUUAAACAUAUAUGGAAGAAAACUUUAAUUAUUGCGACAAUAUCGUAUUAUAAUAAAAAUAAUUAAAAUUGAAAUGAAGCCUUAAAACAUGUAUAUGCAUCAUAGAAAAAAAUGCCAAUUGUGCAUGACUUAAAAAGAAUAUGAAGAUUAGAACGCAGCGCAGGAAUAAAAUCGGAAAAGUGAUUACAUACACACAGUCACUGACAGGAAAAGCGAAAACGAGAAAGUUGCAACUAGUUCCAAACAUCAUGCAGUAGAGUAAAACAGAAUCCAGCAAGACAGCACGAACACAGGCAACAUGCCCUUCUAUUCGACCAUUUGAAUGGUUUCAAUCAAAGAAUUUUCUCUAAACAAAAAUAAAAUGAUAACAUACUAAUUCUAUGAACAAACAAGCAGCUAUUAAUGGUGUUUAACAAGCCAAUUGAACAUACAAGAAGCAAAAAGUCAUUACAACACUAACAAACAAGACAGAAUGAGAGAGAAAGAACGAUAACCGAACAACAAGGAAAGGAAUCGAAACUGAACCACAAAAAUCUUAGUUGUUCCUGUGUCCCCUCCAGAAAAUGAUUGCCCUUCCCAAAGUUCACUAUUGCUAUCGGAUCAGUUGUCAAAUCUACAGACAAAAACACACACACAUACUCACCCAUGUCUCCCUCCUCUAUCCUAGGUUGUUUAAAACUAGUCAAUGGUGUCAAAUUGCUCCACCUCCCACCCCCACGUUUCUCUGGCUUUGGUUAAUCAAUUUUGAUUGUACAUCUUCACGCUCAAUCCACGGCGUGAGUAACUGCAGUUUUCAGCACUCUAACGUUAAAUGAAGUAGAUGAGAACAUAUGAAUUUAUUUGGAAAAUAAAGUAAAUAAGAAGAAUAACACGGAUAAAAUGAGUAUAGUACAUAAAAGUAUAUAUUUAUAAAAAUAAAAUUAUUUAUAUUGAAGAAAAUCUAAGAAAACAAAUGUAAAAAGAACUAUGAUCUAAAUUUUAAGUACAACAGUAUUAGAGUAAUCAUAAAAUAUAAAUUAAUGAAAAUACUGGAACUAGUUUAAAUUGACCUAUUAUUUAGCGCAGAACAAGUAUUCGUGAAAGAAAGAGAAAAUCCAUUUUGAAGUCCUAAGAGGAGUACUUAGUAUUCAUGAAAAGUCCUUGGAAUUAGGUAAUUUCAAUGAAAUUUUAUGAGAUUAUGAACAGCACACCGCGAUAAGAACAACAUUCAACAAUUGAAGGUGAAAACGGAUGGAAAAGUAAAUUCAGAAGUCAUAUCAGGCAAACUCUAAAAUUAACUUUUAAAAAGUAAAUUAAUAGUAAAAAUCAGCUUACAUUCAUUUUUUCAUUUUUAGGAAAAUUUUAUACGUACUCGAUCAGAAAAAAAAAUACACACGCAAGCCCCUAUUAUGAAGAACACAUUCUCCGUCACACCACCGACAUGAACACAUACUUACCAAACUCAUUCAAAGCGUCCAGAAAGAGCUAACCAUUACCAACGUAGCGCAACGUCGUAGCUGCUUCAUAUCAGCAAAAUUUCUAGUGAUAAAAGAUUCUUUUUGAUCAAUUGGCAAACAAAGCAAAUAUGCUAAAUUGUGUCAUCAUCGAAAGUAUCAGCACCUCUUUCUGUUCGCUAGUGAUCUACUACUCAAACUAUUUCAGAAAAAAACUACAACAACAACAAUAGCAACGGAAAAUAAACUAACUAACACAACUACAACAAGGGAAUAUUUGAGGGACGGACGAAAAGCGUACUAAUCAAUUAUCGACAAGAAACAGAUGAAACUAAAUCGCAAGCCAUAUAAUAUAAACACUAGACACAGUGAAAACCUAAACCAUGAACACAAAGUGAAACCACAUUUCCUUAGAAAAAAAAAACGUGGAAACACAACCGAAAACAAACGUAAAAAUAUGAACAAAAGUUUUAGGGAAAUGCAUUAAGCCAGCAUCAUUAUGAAAAAUAGCAUAACAUACAAAAUAUGAAAACAAAAAUGAAAUCAUAUUACAAAUAGUUAAUGAAAAAAUGCUUCAUUUCGAAUGAAAGUCCCCCAUAUUGACCUUAAACUAAUUCGAACAAACAAAACAAAAUAAAAAAAACUUCCCCAUGGAGGAGGUAAGAAAAAUAUAACUAAAAACAACUAUAUUUGACCACACUUUAUACACAAAAAAAAACACACUAAAAUAUACAAUAAUUAUUAUUUAAGACAAAUUAUAUCUAUCAACUUUUGUCAUCAAUUAAAUUAAAAUUUAACUAAAAAAUUGCGAUAAAACAGGAAUAUUGAUACUACAUUUGGCAGACGAACAACUACCCGGGGUAGGAUCCGAGACCGGAGCACACAUACUCUCUCUAAUAUAGUUUUGUUAUUUUGGCUCAAAGAAGGGCGAAUGAAUCCCGUCGCCAAAUCUUUCUCUCUCGCACACACAUAUAUACACACCCACACUUUUACCAUACUGACACACAACCUUCCCAGCAUAAAAGCCGACCUCGGAUCGACCUCGGUCAGCCCUACGCCUAGCCGAUUUAGAGACUUACAUUCUUAUUAGUGAAAAGGAAAACAAGUACUAAGUGAAGAUAAGAGCUGAACGCUGCGAAAUGUAACAAAAAAAAAAAAAGAAACGCAAAUCGAAGCGAAGAGAUUUAAAUGCAUACAUACACACAUAUUUAGGGUAAAGCAGAGAUUGUCUUUACGAAAGAAAGAAAACCAACACAAAAGCACGGAGAAGGAAUACUGAGAGAGAAAGAGAGUAAAUGAAUAAAAUGCCAAAACAACUUGUUUAGUUACAAACAAAAAAAACCCUAGAAGAGGAGAUAAGGAAAGAAGAAGUUAAAAAUAUUAUAAAAGAAAAAAUACCAAAAAAAACAACUUUGCCAUUUUAUUGAUAAAAGGACGAAAUGAAAAAGAACUAUUAUUAUCAAUUAUUAUUAGAAUGGAAGAAAAAAAAGCAGAAAGAAAAGCAAAAAAAUUAACUAAUUUUAUUAUCAAAUUAUUAAUUAUUGAUUAUUAGUAUGGUUCUAUUGCAAUUAUUAUUAUUAAACUGCAAAAGAAAAGAAAAGAAGAAAAACGCGAUACAGAGGAAACAAACCAUAAAAAAUCAUUGAAUAAUUUUGUAUAGUGGACAAACCGAGCCGGUAGCAAGCCGAGAAUCUCCAGCAAAGCGCACUCCCGUCACAUCUCGUGUAAGCAUUUUUUGUGCAAAUCGUCCCACCUUCCGUGCACGUAGUGACGCAGCAUUGACUCAUUAAGCAAACAUAAACGGAAUACAGGAAAAAUAAAACAACUCUAAUCAUCGUUCGUUAAGUUUUCGGUGCCAGCUGCAUGUAGAAGUUAAUUGCAAUUAGUGCGCUACAUAACAAGAAAAAAAUCACAAAUUAACGCAUAGACAGGCACGACCAACGGGCCAGGUAGACACACAAAUGCAUUUAAAACCUAUUGCUGGUGCAGGGGUGUUUUCGAGCAUUUCAAGCUCACCAGGACGAUUGGAAUUGAAGCGGGGGUUAGUCGCGGCAGGAACCGGCUCGGUUUGUCCAGAGAUCAAAUAUAUUAUUAUAUAUGAAGAAAACAUAUUAUUAACUUUAUAACAAAAGAAAAGUAACAAAAUAAAGUUAAAAAUACACUUUUAA